GUCACAACAUUCUGCAUGUGAAUUCCAUUCAUGACCGCAGGCAGCCCAUGACACAUCGUCCAUCCCUCCACUCGUCGUUACUCAUUCGCACGCACUCGCCACCUGUGAUGACUUCUUCUUCCAAUAGGCAUCAUUCCAUCUCGAAAACGCCGUCUACGACAACCCUGGCCUGCUAAACCGCGAAGCGAAACCCCGCCACCAAAUCCACUCAUUCAUCACACACAAUGCUUUGUUGACCUGCAAUUGCUGUUGGUAUCAUCCGCCGCUCUUUCGGUCCAUCUCCACCAUGUCGCGAAAGAGUAUCAGAACUCGGCGAAAGCCCCGAGUUUCAUACCACGACCUCAGUGACUCGGAUGAUUUUGAGUUUAUGACCCAACCACAGUCGACCCGACCUUCCCGUGCGGCUCGCCGCAAUCAGACCUAUCGCGAGUCGAGUGACGAUGAGUCGAGCGCCGACGACGACGACGACGACGACGACGACGACGACGACGAUGUUAGUUCCUCCUCCACCCCCGAUGUCGAGCCUGCGCCGAAUCCCUCUCGAGCUCCCCGGCAAUCGCAGCCAAAGCCUAGGUUGCCUCCAAAAUUCGAUAGUCAUCUUUCGGCUCGUCAAAACAUCUUGAAGCGCCAACGUGAGGCUGAGGCUUCUUCGUUCUCAUUCUCCACAUACAAGCAGAGCAAAAUUCAGAGGACAAACCCUGUCGCAAAGGUCAUUGUGGAGAUCAAAGCCUCAGAGCCGGAGCCAGCCUCGACUUUCAAAAUUCCGCCCUGGCAGGAGCUUCCCUAUCAGGUCCUGAAGAACAUCAUGACAUUUGCAUCCUAUCCCCUCUACCAUCAAGCCUCGCGCUCAUCGUCUUCGAUUCAAUGGCUAUGUGAGACAUCAAUGCUCUGUCGUUCUUUCCACGAAGCCUGCAUGGCUGCCUUGCUUUACAGUCCUCCAUUAUACCCCUCUCGAAGAGCUCAUGGGUUAAUCGCACUUCUUCGCCAGUCACGAAAUAGACCAGUCAUCGAGUACCGUAGCAAGAUCCACCGACUGGACAUCGAAGUUAAACAACUUUUGGUGAAGAAGAGCGGGAUUGAUCUUGAGAUUCUCCUCAAUCAGACUCCCCUGUUACGAGAGCUGCGCUUAUAUUCUAAUUAUGACGACCUGAACACCGUCAUAUGGGCCCAGCGUGGAGCCACCAAGUCGAAAUGGUCUUAUCCCGACCGACUCUUUGACCUUCUCCAGGAGAAAAACAUAGCUCUCAACAGUUUCGAGUGGAAUGGCCGUUUCCCGAGUGCGAUCGAGGCUCUAGAAAUCGCAGCUAAGGUUCAUUCUCAACCUUCCUUCUUUCGCUUGAAAGAGGUCGCCUUCCUCAACUUCAGCAUGCCAGACAAGGCAACGCCAACAGACAUCUCCAGGGCACACAGCCUGUUUGAAUCGGCUCUGUCUCAACUUCCCGAACUUCGACGACUGACUCUGCGAGCAUGUCCCAUGGUAGGACCUGCACUUAUCUCAAUGUUACCAGGGUCUCUCCACCACCUGGAAAUAUCCAAUUGCCUUUAUCUUGACUCACCGGCUCUCCAAGCCUUUCUCGUCACUGGAGGUGCACAUUUGACAAGCCUCCGACUCUCUGGAAACCAAUCAAUGUCCCUAGAGUUCAUGUCGUCCUUGAAAACACUAUGCCCUCGUCUCCAAGACCUGAGGAUAGAUCUGUUGUACAUCGACCCUACCUCAUACAAUGACCGGGAGCCGUUGUACGACGAACUUUUGCCUAGUGGUCCACCUACAUGGCCAGAGAACUUGACCAAUAUCGCUCUCGACAAUCUUCGUCAACUUUCCGCUGAGGAUGCCGAGGGUUUACUGGCGUCUCUAGUGGACGCUGCCAAGGACUUGCAGAGCCUGAAACGAAUCGACAUCAAGGCGAUUCUCAACGGCUCCAGCUGGAGAGACCGAGCCGAGUUGAGAAGAAAAUGGCUACCAAAACUACAAGAGGUGUUUCUCAACACAAGCGAACCACCGAAAGAACUGAAUCGGCGAAAACCGAUCAGCAAUAUGAUGGCGACACAAGCUCGAUCAUUGAAUCAAAGACAGAGUCAACGCAUCGCGACAAAUCUUCUGAACAAGGCGAGCUCCACAGAUGCCAGCGAUAGCGACAGUGCAGCUAAUAGCACCUCCAAACAUGCACGGUGUGACUUUGUCAACCUGAUUAUCUCUGACCAACGACCGGCUCAGGAUCAAUACCGCGAAGAUGAUUUUCUAGACGAUGAACCUAGCGGGGAUGAGGAGUGGAACGGACGAGAUACAGAUCCGACUUUGUCCACGAGAUAUGCUUGGUGAUUGAUGCGUUUGGGUGGUUACUUGAUUGACGGAUAUUGGGUUAUAUUUCUUGAUGAACAAAGUUAUGCGAUAUGAUGGCAAAUAGGAAAUGGCACAGGCACAGGCACAGGCACCGGUUCGUAGGACUCGAAUGCGAAAAGGGCUAUGGUAAAGGAUAGUGUACGCACGGAUGCGAAUGAACCUAGGGAGCUAAUUAGUUGGCUUACUGAUGGAUUCGGGAGGGUUCUGUUGUCAAAUCAGUUCAACGAGCAACACCUUUGGGAGGCACAUGGAGAUAGCCACCGAGUGAGAGUAGCUGUUACAAUAGCGAUAAAUGAUGUCUCCC